AUUCGUCUCUUCCGCUUACAGUAGCUCGUAAAUUUCUCUCCUUUUUCCCCCAUUUAGCUCCUUUCAAGCGAAAUACCCAAACGUGUCGUCAUCAUCAUCAUUCAAAAAUUCAGUGAUUUCAAAAUAAAUUCUCGUGCCUUCAAAGAAAGUUGAAACAAAUAAAAAAAAACAUUUCUCUGCAAAUUAAUCUACAGGAAAAUUCUUCAUGUGGAUUAUUUGACAAUUAUGGAGAACUUCUCCUAGCAUAACAAAUAAGUUCUUCUACAAAUUAUAUCCUAUUUAGUUCGGUUGUGUUAAGAAGGAAGUGAAGAAAUAUUGACUUUGUUUUUUUUUUUUUUUUGGCGAAACACUUUAAUAAUUUUAAAAAACUUUGCUGUUUUUGCAGCUCUGUCUUAUGAUUUGUUUUGUGCGUCCCAGCCUAGUUAUGUUUUCGAUCGAGUACAGCAAGCAAUUCCUGAGCUACCGCAUACUCAAGUCCAACCGGUUCAAAUAUAUCUGACGAUACGGACUCGGACCAAGUGCUAAAAAAAGGUGCGCAAGUGUGCGUGAGUGUUUGUGCUAGCGUUCAAGCUCAGGAAGCACACUCCCUUUGGUAAGACCUGGAAAGUCUUACCACUUUUAUGAAAAUUUAUUUCACUUUGAAGCAAAAUUUCACUAACCGAUUCAUUCGGAUCAAUUUAAUUCUAAGGAAGUUUUUAACAACGACCAACAAAUGAUCAGAUCGACUCCCAUUAUUGAGAGUAAGGAUCUAAACAUCAAAUACACUACAUAUCAAAAUUAAUUACAACUUUUUAGAGUCUGAUGAAAUAAAAUUGUCAUAAAGAAGCGUUGGGUUUGCGAGAUCUGCACAAAGUUUGUUGAAUUGAAGUAAUAAAAUUGUCAAUAAGAGCGUUGAGUUUGUUUUGAAAAAGCGAGAACAACGAAUAAGUUUGUUGAAUUGAAGUAAAAUAAAAUUUGUUGAAAAAUUGAAACCAUGAUUGUUUAUGUUCCGGGCAGAAUGCCAAGUCACGUUGGUCAUCCGUACGGUGUCGCUCGCUAUCCGGGCAGCCUGCUAGGUGCAGUACCGGGUUAUUAUAAUCCAAUUUCCGAAUAUUCAAUUGGGCAAAACUCCAACUACUACGGAAAUUUGGGUGUUCACCAGCCGUCGCUGGAUCUUCCGGUGUGGCCACGGAGGAUGCCGGCAGAAGAAGAACUAGUGACGUCGCCCUCUGCAGGAUUAGCGAGCCUGGGGGUUUCGCCUGGUACACUUGGUGGUCCUCCCAGUCCCGUGCACAGCGAUUCCGAUGCUUCCAAUUCGAGUUUAGAAAUUGGCUCCGAUAAGAGGGGAGACAAUGCCCAACUCAAGUGCAGAUGGCUGAAUUGUGGACGAUGGUUUACAUCUUUGGAACAAUUAGCAGGACAUGUUGCCCGAUUGCAUGCAGCACCAGGUCCUCGAGGACUGUUUUACUGCGGCUGGGAAGGAUGUGCCAGAGGUGAACGUGGUUUUAAUGCGAGGUAUAAAAUGCUGGUCCAUGUACGAACACACACGAAUGAGAAGCCCCACCACUGCUUCCAAUGCGACAAGAGUUUCAGUAGAGCCGAAAAUCUGAAAAUCCACGCAAGAUCUCACACUGGCGAACGACCCUACGUCUGUCCAGUGGAAGGUUGCAACAAGGCCUACUCGAAUUCCUCCGAUCGAUUCAAACACACAAGGACUCAUGCAGUCGAUAAGCCCUAUUGCUGCAAAGUCCCCGGCUGUCCAAAAAGGUACACGGACCCAUCCUCGUUACGAAAGCACGUCAAGACCUACCGCCACUACGUCAACAACAACGACAAAAUUCAAGAAAAGAGCUUCGACGAGAGCAGCAGUAGCAACACUGACAAAACAAGAUUCGAUUCAACGCCCGAGAAACUCACUAGCACACAUUACAAUUCCAACAAAAAAGAUUCCAGUAUCGAGAGCAACACCAGUUCUAGUCCAAAAGCGAGCAACAGUUUUGAGGAGCAAAGAAAAUUCGUCGAGUGGAACAACAUCUACAAUGCGCAAGAACGAAAGGACCAUCUCAUGACCCCACCGAAAAAUUACGACUCAGAAGUGAAAAUCUAUCCAAUGAUUUACGAAGAGAGUUACAUACUACCAGAACGAAUGCAGACAAAUUCUCUAUACCCUCAGACUCCACUCAUGAACGAGCGUUCAAUAUCAUCAUCGCCAACCACUAGUCCAAAAGACGUUCCCGACAUGCUCCAUCGAAUAGGAAUGCAAUCCACGCCCAUCAAACUGGAAGACUCUUCCACCGAUCCCCUCGGCAGAAGUGCGAUCGUCGAUUACAGAAAUAUUGAGUCAAUCGUGAGCACUCCCUGCAAACGAGAGAACACAAUAAACUGCGAGACUGUCCGAAAUUCUGUGAUAAAGCGAGCCGAGCACUUGAAAAUGGAAAUAAUGGAGGAGCCGAUUGCAAAGGAAGAGCCAAGAGCCGAAUCCGAAUGCUGCUGUCGUCACAAAUGCUGCCAUCAGAACAACGAAACAAUCAUUGAAAAAACAAGAAUUCUCUCCGAUCUGAUUCUCAAGGCACAAAAUCCACUAUUCAGACAUCUUUUAAGUUCAGUUGAUCUUCAAUACGGUUUGCAGAAUAUGUGGAGCAAUAUGGCUGAUGGUAACAACACGUGCGGACAAGAUCUUAGAGUUAAGAGUAGUGAGGUCACUGAAAUGGAGCAGGAUCUGCCAUUAGACCUGACAAUUAACAAGUAAUCUUUUUUUUUGUCAAAUUCAGAACCAAAAAACAAAAUCUCAUGUAUCAUACGCGUUAUAUCCGAAGUCUAGCUGGUCUAAGCCUUCGAGAAUGGAAAUUACUGGACUGAUGAUCCAGAAUUCGAAAACAAUGAUGAAAAAGAAAAAAAAAAUUAGGUGUCACUGAAAAUAGAAGGUAUAAUUUGCUCGAUACUUAGGAGGUCAGAGUACCAUCUCAUGUUCUGGUCAAACUUUCAAGCCAAAUAUAUUUUUUAGAAUGCAUUUUAUCGAGUCAAUUCAAAUCAAAAUAAAAUCAAACAUGACUUGCUCAAUACUUAAGUACUCUGACUACAUUGUUGUGCACUUCAAGAGAAUUUGUCUGGAGUUUAUUCGUAAAAAAUUUCCUUCUUUCUGGAAGAUUUAUAAAUGUGACGCACUCCGAAGAAAAAAAUACAUUUAGACCUACAUUUUCUUCCUUAAUCCCUAUCACAAAAGCA